UUUUGCUUUUUAGGGUUUCAGUCGCUUCCUUCCCGCACACACAGUCACACACUGCACACACCGGAGAAAGGCGGAGGAAAAUGCCGGCCGGCCAUGGAUUGAGGUCUCGUACGAGAGAUUCAUUCUCUCGUGCAUUCAGAAAGAAAGGUACAAUUCACCUUUCAACCUACCUUAGGAUCUUCAAAAUCGGUGAUUAUGUUGAUAUCAAAGUGAAUGGUGCAAUUCACAAGGGAAUGCCACACAAAUUCUAUCACGGCCGUACCGGACGUGUCUGGAACAUCACCAAACGCGCCGUCGGUGUCGAAGUUAACAAGCAGGUUCGUGAUCGUAUCCUAAGGAAGAGGAUCCACGUUAGGAUUGAACAUGUUCAAGCUUCCCGAUGCACAGAAGAAGUCAGAGAAAGGAUCAAGAAGAACGAUCAGAUUAAGGCUGAGGCCAAGGCCAGAGGAGAGGUUGUCAGCACAAAAAGACAACCCGCAGGACCCAAACCAGGAUUCAUGGUUGGAGGCGCUACAUUGGAGACGGUUACCCCCAUACCAUAUGACGUGGUUAACGAUUUGAAGGGAGGCUAUUGAUUUUACUCUGUUUACGAGCUGGUGAUCGUUUAUGUUCGUUUAUGAAAUUGAAAGACAAGAUUAGUUUUUUUGGUGUCACCUCAAACUCCGCAUUUUAUUUAUAAAUUUUGUUUACAUAUGAAUUGAGGCCUUCGUUGAACUUGUUGCUCUUAAUGCAAGUGCAGAAUUAUCUAUUA